CCCACAUCCCCUCUGCGACUUCUUAACAGCCAUCCGCUGGUAACCUCGAAAACUUUUUUCCCUCCCGCAACACCUGGUGCGAGGGGGUGGGAGCAGAAAUCCUUAUUGUGGAUGCAAGAAACGGCAUGGACUCUGGAACCUUCCAUCAUUCAACAGUUAAGAACAAGAAUUAUCAAAAAGUUUGGUCAUCAUCUUCAGAUCCUGUAUAUUUUGAAGUGGAUGAUUCUCAUGAAAGAUUAGAAAGCAUGUCAGAAGCGGAUGCCAUGAAUUUCAGCAGUCUUUUUCAAGAUUCAACACACACAAACUCUCCCUUCCAUAUGAAAACCAGCAGUACUACUGCAGUCUUGCCUCAGAAUGAAAUAAAGACUGUAAAAAGGGAAAAUGAGCCUAAACUCACACUUUCUGAAGAAAUUUAUAGCACACUAGAUGAUUUGUUAGGCGAUGUCAACAAUGGAAAUUAUUCACAGGAUGUGCUAACGGGGCCCAUUGACACCAGCAUUUCUUCCUUCAGACAAUGUGAACCCAUUUGCAAAUUUCAUCAGACAAAAACAUUUAAUGAUGAAAUGAUAACAUUUCAAAAUCUGACAGGUGACAUUCCUUACACAGAAAAAUCAGAAAUGCAAAGUCAUGUAUAUAAUUAUGCAAAAGACAACAAUAUAAAGGAAGAUUCAUUUAAGGAAGAAAAUUCAGUGGAAACUACCACUUCCACCAAUGAAGACCAACUUGCUCCUGAAUGUGUCAGGCAACCUCCUAGAAGUCCUCCUGGAAUCCACUGCAGUAGAGAGACACUGAAAUUCAUGGACAUGUCUCUGGCUAAAAAUACUGCCGAGGACUCUGCCCUCAACCCUAAUCAACCUGAAAGCUUCUUGUGUAACGAAUGUGUAUACAGUGAUGUUGAAAACUCAUUUUACAAAGAGAAUAGCUUUAACCAGUAUGAUCCGAGUGCUAAUUAUAAAACAGAGGAGGUUGCAGUUUCUUCAAAAGGUAUACAGAAUUCUGGGGAGAUUCCUGAGAUGUCAGUCAGUCACCAAAAGGAAGUUGCAGUGGAGAACAUGGAGGGUCUAAAGAUUGUGUCAACUUGUUCUCCUGCAGGCAUUGCUUGGAGUGGUGGGGCAUCUUGGGAGGAUUGCGAGAUACCUGAGGCAGAACAAAGCUUGGAAAACUUACAACCUCUGGAAGAGGAUAUGGCUUUAAAUGAAGUCUUACAGAAAUUAAAACAUACUAACAAAAAGCAGCAAACUCUGAUCCAAAACCUACAGUGUACUAACAUGUACUUAGAGAAGAAAGUUGAAGAAUUACUGGCUAAGACUAACAAGCAGCAGGUGUUGGUUGAUAUCAUAAAUAAGCUAAAGGAGAAUGUCGAAGCAUUGAUUGAAGACAAAUACAGAGUAAUGAUAGAGAAAAGUGAAACUGACAAGACAUUGCAGAAUUUACAUGACAUUUUAACUAACACCCAAAAACAUCUUCAGGAAUCUAGAAAAGAAAAGGAAAUCUUACAGAUAGAGCUUAAGAGGAUCAAGGGAAAUUAUAUUUGUCUACAGGAAAGGUACGUAACUGAAAUGCAACAAAAAAAUGAAACUGUUAGUCAGUACAUAGAGAUGGGCAAAGCCUUAAGCAAGAAAGAAGAAGAGGUAGAGAGACUGCAGCAACUCAAAGGAGAAUUGGAAAAUGCCACCACUUCUGCUUUGGACUUAUUGAAAAGGGAAAAAGAGUCCCGAGAACAAGAGUUCCUGUCUUUACAGGAGGAAUUUCAGAAACGUGAAAAGGAAAACCUGGAAGAAAGACAGGAACUGAAAUGUAGACUUGAGAAAUUGGUAGCUCAAUUUAAAAAUGUGCAAUUUGUAUCUGAAAGUGAAAGGGCCAAGAAUACAAAGCUUCAGCAGAAGAUCAAUGAAGUAAAAAAUGAAAAUGCAAAACUUCAGCAGCAGGUUGCAAGGAGCGAGGAGCAAAAUUAUGUCCCUAAAUUUGAGAUAGCUCAGCUAAAGGAGCACUUAGAGGACGUAAUGAAAUCAAAUAUCACAAAGGAUGCAAAGAUGAUACAUUCUAAUUUGUUCCUGAAUUACUCACCUUGUGAAGAAGAGAGCCUGAAUCCCCCAGAUGUGAAAAGGACUUUCCAGCCGGCCUUCAAAAUUCACAAUCUUAUGGCUCUGAUGACAAGACUUCUCACAUGCCAGGACAUCAGCAAUCUUACUGCUGAACAUUUCAAAGAAAAUGAGAAAGUUAGUGAUACAAUGCUGCAAAAAUUGAAGAGUUUCCAUCUUAAAAAGAAAAAUUUAGAUGAAGAGGUUACAGACUUCGAUUCAAAUGAAGCCAAGAGUGUGAAUUCAAAUGAAGUCAGAGAUGUACCUACCUUAUUGGGAGCCAAACUGGAUAAGUACCACAGUCUAAAUGAAGAGCUUAAUAUCUUGAUUGCAAAAUUGGGAAAUCUUCUUGAGUCAAAAGAAGACCACUGUACCAGACUCAUUGAAGAAAAUGACAAGUAUCAAAGACAUUUGGGCAAUUUAAUAAAUAAGGUACAAAUGUUCUUACAGAAAUUUGUCUAUUAAAAACUAUGCCAAAUAUUAAAAUAAUACAAUUUUGUAGCUAAAAAGAAUCUGAGGGAUGAUACAACACAUUUAUAUUGAUUUUUUUUACUUCAUAAUGACA